UCGCUUUCUGUUGCUCGGGGAGGAGAGGCGGGUAAAAUGUAAACACUGAUCCACGAUCCACGAUCCACACUGCUGCCGGUUGGAAGCUAGCUAGACUUUCUUCUGCUGCCGGUUGUAUCAGACAUCACACACGAUCCUGUAGAUUAGAACGAUGAUCAUAGUGAUCGGAUCGGUAACGAGUUGGACCGGUGACUGGCUUUGAUCUGUUAUCUCGAUCUUUAACCGGAGCAGUUCAUCGUGAACCGUGGUGACCGGGUGAGAAGAGAAAAGCCUUCGUGGGAAGGAAAAACCCAAAGAUAAACCUGAAGUGACCUCGUAGUGAAGACCUCCGUGAUGUCCCCCGGCUCCACGUAAACAAACCCACGAGGACGCGCCUCGUCUCGCGCUUUUUUUUUAACGUUCGAAUCGUUCGCAUUUUAAGAAGCGUCUGACGUCACCGGUCACGUGAUCCCGAGAGAACCAAUCAAGCUCCGGUAUACAGCGUCACCGAAAAUCGCUUCCUUGUUUUGACCCGCGCCUCGGAGCUUUGUCACCGGGCCAACGUCACUGGGAAACGCCGAACCAGCACCACCGCGGCUGUCCACUGUAGGUUAGCUAGCCGCUGCUACACCUCGGCAGCUAAACGUAAGUGAAGACAAAAACUAUCCACCGUUUGCUACCCGCCGUAUCCCGAUGCGACUUGAUGGAGGACUACGAAAAGUUUGCGCGGCGUCAUCUCUCCCAACUGGCGAAGAGUGAGGAGGGGGAGCGCCGUAGACCUUCACCAGCACCCUCCCUCAUCCGCGUCCAUGGACGAGCCAUCCUCCCUCCCCUGCUCUCAGGAGAGCUGAGAGAGGAGAUGCAGCGACACAGAGACGCAGCGCAGAAAGCCGCCGGCCACAGGAGGUUGAAGGACGAUCCAAGAAUGGCCCAUGUGCAAAGCAUUCUGCAAAGUGUUCAGCUAAGAAAGACACCAACUUUGGAGGAGUUGCUUCAGGAGUCGGAAUGUUUGUAUUCCCAGAAGACCAGUGGUGGAUUAGUGUCUGAGGGUGAUUUUUUUUUAGAAACAUCGGAGGAUAGUUCGUCCCUCUCGCUACCACCCUCUUUAAGGAAAGGAAAGGAUGGGCUUUCUUUUUCUCCAGUGACAUCAAAAGUGUUAAGUUCCUCUUUCACUUCUAAUGUGACUCCUCAGCAGAGUUACCAUGAAGAUUGCCUUGUUGACCGACAUGACAGCCAACAGGGACCACAGCAAAGUUCCCCUCGUGGUGCGAUCCACCAGUCACCACCCUCGGGUGACGUGACCUUUGAGAAUGUCGAAAACGCCCUCAGUGUCUCCGGACUGAUUGAUGCCGGCAGCGAAAGCUGUGGCUUUGGCUCUUCAGAGGGAGCUCAUAGUAUGGGGGACUUUUUCCUUCACAGCACCUCGAACACAAUCACCAAGAUGCCAGAAAUUAUUUGCCACCCUCCCACAGACGGAGAGGAAAUGGAGAGGAGUGGCCUGGAGUUGUCCCUUUGUAAUAACUUCACAGCAGUAAAAGACAUUUGUUGCAUCUCAUUCCAGGAGGAUUCAGUCACGUGUGACCAUUUAACAGCAGACAAAUCUGACAGCAGUCAUUUGGAGAGCACAGAGAGUGGAGAUACCCCUCACUCUGCUGCAGCACUUGAGCUUGACAGAGAUCACAUUUUGGACAGAAGUGAGGACCCAGUCUCCUGGUCAGAAAACAGUGGCUCUCCGGAGAGUCUGGAGUUAUCAGAGACAUUAAGCGCUCAUUGCAAUCCAACAACACAACUGCAUAGUCACCAUGAACCCACAGAAACAGAACCAGCAGACAACGGUGUAGAUGAAGUAAAGCCAUCUGAGGGGCCUCAUCGUCUGAGCCUCCAGGCCUUGCUAAAGAAAUCUCAGGAGUAUCGGCGGCGCCAGCGGAUGCUUAGGAACCAAGCCAAAAACUCUUGCGUCAAGGAGAGGACUCAGGAGCCAAAACCAAGGCCAGAGGAGCAUAGCCUCUCUGAUAAGGAGAAUGACGAGUGCCCUUACAAGGGGAGUGUGACGAUGGAGGGGAAGAAAAGUAAAGAGAGGAGAGGCUAUUUAAGUCCAACAGUGGAGAAUUCCUCAUUAAAGAAAUCCUUGGAUAAUGAAAGAAUGAAUGAGAAUGAGUCCAUUGGGAAAAAGACCAACGUUAAAUCUGAAAGCAAUCAAUUAACGGGAGAUAUGAAUACUAAGGAAAUGAUAAGAGUUGAGGAAGAAACAACCUUCAAAAAUAAUAAGCUAAACAGUUCACAAGAGGUCAUAAUAGAGCCUGAGCAAAUCAGCGUCUUCAUCCAGCAGCAGCCUGAGUUGACAGAAGCCUCCCCAAUCCAGGAAGCCUUUUCCAUGACCAUUGAGCAGAGUGACAGCUGUCCCACAGGUAUUUUUCAAGGAGUAGGGAAACAUUACACUAUCCCAGUCCCUAAUUUCUGUAUGAGUCCUGUUCAUUCCAAAAGCAAAGGAAGUAUCAGAGAUGGAGAAACCAUUGAUGUAGCAGAAAACUCAAAGGGGAAAGUUGUAGACAAUACAAGCUUGAAUGAAGACCACAGUGUUGAAGAAGGAAGUAACCGGGGGGACACAGCAGUUCCUUCCUAUGUGAAUGGGAUGGUUCAAGGUGAUGUAACGGGCGUUUUAGCCAAGAGCUCAGAGUGCAUCGAUCAGCUUGAAACGAACCUCUCCAGUCUGAAUGUGCUGAUUUCAGAUCUGGAGUCCACGGUGAAGGAACACUUGGAGAAUCGCAGUCCGACUGAGAGCGACACGCAAAGCGAGCUCAGUUUUAAAGAUGUUGAGCACUCUGUGCAAAGUAAACACAACCUACAUGUGCAGCUAUGUCAACACGUGGGUGAUUAUUUGGAGGACAGGCUGGGGGACGAUGAUCCUGACAGCAGUGAUACAGAAUACAGGGACUUGCCAAGAAGACAAUCAUUCGACAAACGCAAAUACAUGAAUGAAGGUCCAGGGACUGAACCAGUCUUCAGUGACGCUGAUGACAAUCCUCUCAUCGUGCAGGGAAAAGGAAAAGAGGCAGUUAAUUUAAGAGAGAUAAGGCCAGUCAACGCCUUAGCUUCAGAGAGGCUAAAGGAAAACGGAACAGGUAACGAAGGAUUCACAAAGCGCGGUGGACUGCAUGGCAGCUGUAGAAAGCAGCAGCCACUUGCUAGAUGUUUCCUGUCUGCAGCACAGCGUAUGCGUAUUCCUGAUGCAUUCAGAAACAUCCCAUCCCACAUAAUGGUUCCGUGUAACCUGUCGAUGCUUUUGGACACCAGUAACCAUCCCGUAGAAAGGGGCCAAGACUCUCCCCUCUCGCCAUCUCUCAACCAGUCGUACGAUGUGGACGCGCCAUCUGGCCUGUGGCUCCUUGACGGGUCAGGGUCCGACUUCGGCUCCAAAGGUCAUCUUUUUCAAGAGAAGCACCAGACCCCGGAGAGCGGGGGCGAAGGUUGGGGCGGGGUAUCCAAGGUCAAACGCAGACUGCUCAUGCAUGUCACAGAAGAGACCAGGGAAAAGAGUGCAGAAACCAGUGGACGAGCAGGCUGUGUGGUCCGACCGAGCUCCAGCACUCCCACAGCUGCUUUGUGGUUGUACGAAGGCCACGGCUGCCGGAAAAACAAGCAGGAACUAUUGAAACAGGCCCAUGCCGCCCAGAUCAGAGCCCUGCAAGACGAGCACAGGAGGCAACAGGAACAACUGCUACAGGCGCUUGCAGUGUGUUACCAUCACCAGAGCGUGUCUUUCCCCUGCUCUGUGUCAACCUCACGUCUCGGGGACGCACUGACCUUUUUAACCCUCUCUCAGCCCUCCACCCCGGCGUCAGAGCGCUGCCGCCAUCUGCUGUCAGCGGCCGUGAAGGGUUUUCUAACUCGCAGGCUGCUGAGGACGGAGAGAGUGGCACAGCAGGUGCGCACCAUCAGGGACACGCAGCAGUUCCUGCUUGCCCUCAAGCUGCAGAGCCCCAGCAGAGUGUUGUGUAGCAGGCAGGACUUCUUAUUGCAGGAGAGAGUUACUCUGCAGCUGCGUGCUGCGCGUUAUGAGGUCCACGACAUAUUCUUCAGCCUGUCAGCCGCAGAGAGGAUGCAGCUCAUCAGCUGGGACAGAGACCUGGCCAGAGAGAGAGAGCGCAGACGACAGAGUGGACAUGCGGGCCUUCCCAGCGGAAAGAGUUCUCUGUCGGUUGCAACACAAAAGUCACUGGAGAGGAAGAAAGGAAUGAUGAUCCAGAGAAAGGCAGCAGAGAGGCACAGGGAUGCUGUGAAGAAGACUGGACACAAGACUGGAUUCUCUGCCAAGCAGCCGCCUGAAACCAAACGAGGACAGUUCCGAGCAAAUCCUCUGAGGGUCCCCAAGAGCACUUUCUCCACUAGACCCCGAUGACACGGGCUUCCUAAUUGGCCCCAGUGAGGACUCCUAAUAAAGCCUCUAGCGAUUACAGGAAUAUUGUAGAGCCGAUCUUCUGAGAAUUUCCAAGCCCCGGAAUCAAAAUUUGACACAGAAGGAUAGUAUUUGCUGACUCAUAUAUUUUUGUAUUUCAUAUCUGCAGUCCUGGAUACCCUUCUCCACCAGGGUAUAUGUAAUUAUAUUGACUACAUUUGCACUUACUCAGAGUAAUUUCCAAUCGAUUGGAUGCUCUGAGGUGGGGAUAAAAUAUCACUGCAGCAGCUCUGCCUGCAACAGAAAACUCUUAACCAGUCCUUUUCAAAGCUUUUUUUUAAACUUUUGUGCUGCACCUUUUAAAGCUCUGUGCACUGCACCUGAAAAAUUAUGCAUAAUGUUUUUUUUUCACAGCAGACGUGGGAUAUACACCUAGACUUUUUUAGAUGUUUCAUUACUUUGUUGUGGUCCCUGAUUGUUUUUUUUUUUUGUUGUGGAUUACUGGACCAGACCUCUAAAUAUUGUGUAAUGGAAAAAAGACUUGCAACUCGCUCACCCAAAAUGGUGUGAAACCAUAUAAAGGUAAUUAAUGACACCUAUGCUCUAUGUCAAAAUUCUCACCAUGAAUUUUUUUAAUUUAAUUUAAAGAUUAAUUACUUGAUUGUGCGCCCCCCCCCCCCCCCCCCCCCCCCAUGUUAAAUUCCUUUUUCUCCAGGUAGAAUAUUGAAUUAUCCAGCUCCUCUCUAUUUAUGUGCCUGGUUAAUCGCCACCAAAAACAAUCUCCAGAUGUAUUAGCACGUUGAACUCAUUAAGUAUGAUGUGUACAGUAUUUUUUUUAUCGUCACAUUGAUCCAAAUGUUAAUAUCCAGCUUUCAGAUGUUCACAUUGUUUGAUGCUAGUACUUAAAUAGUUUUUUUAAUUCCAAGCGUUGCCUUAAAUAUUUGUCCUAGAAUAUUGGGAUUACACAUCAGCCAAAAAUAACUAAAUUUUUUACCUGUUUUAUACGCUAUUUAUUUUUUGGUUGACAAUAAAUAUUUCUUAAAGAA